AUGAUUAAAGAAGAAAAAGGGAGUGAGGGCGUGCUCGGCGAUCCACCCUGUGUUGCGAUCGCUAUCAUAAACGGAGAGCAAUCCAUAUCGUACAAAUUACCAGACCAUAACAGUAUAUAUACGGCGGAAUACAUUGCACUCCUGGAAGGAGUCCACCUAGCCAUUCAACUACCCGAUCCCACAAUUAACAUUUGUACAGAUUCGCUCAGCGCUCUAAACAAUCUGAAAUAUAAUUUACAUUCAAGCAUCCUAGCAAUCAAAAUAAGCAACAUCAUUGAAAAUGCCAACAAGAACAUACGGUUCAUAUGGACACCUGGCCACAGCGGAAUUGAUGGCAACGAGAAAGCUGACAAAGCAGCUCGUGAAGCAGUAAAUAACCCUCUGACUGAAAUACGCACGUACUCCUCACUCAUCGACAUCCAUAGAAAUGUCAACACCUAUUGUACCAGUUUAUGGGAAUCUGAAUGGCGUCGUACUCCCAAUAACAUGGACAUCUUAUGUGCAGAGAAGAACCUGCAAUAUGUGAAACCUGCAGAGAACCUCUCACAGUAA